GAGAGGACAUGGGCGAGUUUGGGCGCCAUAUUGAUUACAUGCCGCGUUCUUUGCGGAGAUUGAGUAUUUUGCAGUGAUAAAUAUAAACGACUUCUGAACGAUGCUGGACCACAAGCAGACGGAAGAGCUGACGGAUCACGAAGCCGAGUUGUAUGACCGGCAACUUCGUCUGUGGGGCUUGGACUCGCAAAAACGAUUGCGAGCUGCGAAAGUUCUCUUGAUAGGACUGGAUGGCUUCGGGGCGGAAAUUGCUAAGAAUGUUAUUCUAGCUGGAGUUAAGAGUGUUACGUUUUUGGACCAUAGAAGUGUAACUGAGCUAGACAGAUGCUCGCAGUUCUUUAUACCUAAAGAAGAUAUUGGAAAGAAUAAAGCUGAAGCGUCAUUGCUGCGAGCGCAGAACCUGAAUCCCAUGGUUAAUAUUAGCGCAGACUCGGGCAAGGUUGACGAUAAGCCUGACGAAUAUUUUGGGCAGUUUGAUGUGGUGUGUGCCAUGCACUGUACUAUCACACAGCUGAAAAGAGUCAAUAGAGCGUGCAGAAAUCAAAAGGUCAAAUUCUUUGCCGGGGAUGUGUGGGGCGCAAUUGGUUAUGUAUUCAUAGACUUGCAGGAACACGAAUAUGUAGAGGAUGUGCCGAAAACAAAGAAAGUGAUAAUACUGAAAGAAAGUGGCGAACCCGUGGGCAAAGAAAAGAUUGAAACCAUGAUAGUUAAUGAAAAGCGCACGGAUAAUUUUGUACCGUUUGAGUUUAUUCUAAAUGCUCCAAAAACGUCUUUAGUUAGGGAGGAAGAAAUCUACUAUAUGAUGCUAAUACUGCUGAAUUACCGCGAAAAAUAUGGCGAAGACCCAAUGCCUAGUGAAAGAGGUUGUGAGAACCUGAAAAAUGAAGCUUCUGUAAUUAUUAAAAAAUAUGAGUUGGGGGACAAGAUAGACCACCUAGUGGAAAGCGAUUUGUAUGCGCAACUCAGUCCAGUUUGCUCUAUCGUCGGUGGCGUAAUGGCUCAAGAAAUUAUCAAGGCGGCAUCGCAGAAACAUGCUCCACUCAAUAAUUUAUUUACAUUUAAUCCAGCCACAUCAUGCGGAGUUAUUUUGAAAUUGGGUUAUUAAACGUGUGUAGAGCUGAGUAUACUAAAAAUUUUCUACUUUAAUACUCUGUGAUACAUUGAAUAUUAUGUUUCCCUAUUUAUCCCUCCUUUUUGUACGUAAAAUAUUACAAGAAUAUAUUUUGUCACCACUUA